AUGGGAGACUCGUUUGACGAGCUGACAGCUCGCUUCUUGAGCUGGUUCAAACAGCUCCCCGGCGCCACCUUUUCCGAUGCCAUUGCGAUCCAGGACCUACGCGGCCGCAAAGCCGGCCGCGGCAUCGUCGCCCUGCGCGACAUUGCUCCCGAGACGGUGCUCUUCACCAUUCCCCGUCAAAGCAUCAUCAACGUCGAGACGUCUGGGCUGCGCUCCCAGCUACCCCAGCUCUUCUCCGACGAGGAGGGCCUCGCGCCGCAGCAUGGCGUUGCCGACGACGACCCCCUCUCGUCGUCGCCGCUCGACGCCUGGGGUGCCCUCAUCCUGGUGCUGCUCUACGAGCACCUGCGCGGCGCCGCGUCCGCCUGGCGGCCGUACCUCGACGUGCUGCCCGCGACGUUUGAGACGCCCAUGUUCUGGACGGGCGCGGAGCUGGGCGCGCUGCAGGCCGGCGCGACGGCGGGCAAGGUCGGCCGCGAGAGCGCCGAGGACACGUUUCGUGGGAUCCUGCUGCCGGUGGUGCGCGCGCACCCGGACGUCUUUCAGGGCAGCGCGGCGCUGAGCGACGAGGCGCUCGUUGCGCUCGCGCAUCGCAUGGGAAGCACCAUCAUGGCGUACGCGUUUGAUUUGGAAAAUGACGAGGAGAGGGAGGAUGAGGAGGACGAAGACGGCUGGGUGGAGGACCGCGAUGGCAAGGCCAUGAUGGGCAUGGUGCCGAUGGCGGACAUUCUGAAUGCGGAUGCAGAGUUUAAUGCACACGUAAAUCACGGCGACAACGAGCUCACCGUCACCGCGCUCCGCCCGAUCAAGGCCGGCGAGGAGAUUCUCAACUACUAUGGCCCGCAUCCCAACUCGGAACUCCUCCGCCGCUACGGCUACGUGACCGAGCGCCACUCACGGUACGACGUGGUUGAGAUUCCCUGGGAACUGGUCGAAGCCGCCACCGUGUCGCAGCUGGGUCUAUCACAAGAAGCCUGGGCCAAAGUGCGUGGCCAGCUCGACGAGGAUGAGAUGGAAGACACCUUUGUCCUUGAGCGCGAGUGCCCCGACAUUCUCCCCACCGGCCUCUUCCCCCCUUCGCCCCCAGCCCACUUCGCCGGCCUUCCCGGCGACCUGCAAGAGCAGCUCCACGAGUUCCUGCGCGCCGUCCGCGCCGUCGACGCCGAGCUCGUCCCCGACAGGCGGCGCAAGCGCGACGAGCUGCAGACGACCAUUGUCGCGCGCGCGCUGGCCGCGCUCGAGGCGCAGUACCCGACGACGCUGGCGCAGGACGAGCAGCUUCUCGCAGGCGGCGGGCCGCCGCUGAGCGACAAGGAACGCAUGGCCGUCGUGGUGCGCGUGGGCGAAAAGAGGCUGCUGAGGGAGGCGAGGGCGUUUUUGGAGGCCGAGGCGCAGCAGCAGGGGCAGCAGCAUCAGGGCGGCGAGAGUCCGGUGAAGAAACCGAGACUGGAGUGA